UAUCAUGAGCGACUUGUACUGAGUUUGAUUCGAUUUUCUUUGGGCUCCGCCCCUCUCCCUACCCCCCUCCAUGGCGUCGGUCUCCAGCCCCAUCCCGUCGUCGUUCGCCUCUCACUUACGGACCGCGCACGAAUCUCGUCCACUUUCCCAGCCCACCUUCUUAGUGCCCCGAUCUUUCUUCGUCAGCCCUGUGUCGGUGUGGAGAAGAAGGAUCGCAGUCGCUCCGACCAACCCCCCUCGGCGCCCCUUCGUCUGCGAAGCUGUUUCCGUGAAGCCGCAGACGGAGAUCGAAGGUCUCAACAUAGCCGAAGAUGUGACGCAGCUUAUAGGUAAGACACCAAUGGUGUAUCUGAACAAUAUCAUAAAAGGGUGUGUUGCAAACAUUGCUGUCAAACUUGAGAUAAUGGAGCCAUGCUGCAGUGUUAAAGAUAGGAUAGGACACAGUAUGAUAGCUGAUGCUGAACAAAAAGGGCUCAUUACACCUGGAAAGAGUAUAUUGGUGGAACCAACAAGUGGUAAUACGGGGAUUGGUCUUGCAUUUAUUGCUGCUGCCAAAGGCUACAAACUGAUUUUGACUAUGCCUGCCUCUAUGAGCAUCGAAAGGCGAGUUCUACUUAAAGCUUUUGGAGCAGAACUUGUCCUUACUGAUUCUGCCAAAGGCAUGAAGGGAGCAGUUCAAAAGGCAGAAGAAAUUGUGAAGAAAACAGCUGGUGCGUACAUGCUCCAACAGUUUGACAAUCCUGCAAAUCCAAAGAUACACUAUGAGACUACUGGUCCUGAAAUCUGGGAAGAUACUAGAGGGAAGGUUGACAUUUUUAUUGCUGGAAUUGGCACAGGCGGAACUAUUUCUGGUGUUGGCCAUUAUUUAAAGGAAAAGAAUCCUAACAUUAAGGUCAUUGGCAUUGAGCCUGCUGAAAGCAACAUUCUUUCAGGGGGGAAACCUGGUCCGCACAAGAUCCAAGGAAUUGGAGCAGGUUUUGUACCCAGGAAUUUAGACCUUGAAGUAGUAGACGAGAUUUUAGAGAUAUCAAGCAAUGAAGCUGUUGAAGUUGCAAAACAGUUGGCUCUCCAAGAAGGAUUGCUGGUUGGAAUUUCUUCCGGAGCAGCAGCAGCUGCAGCAAUAAAGGUUGCAAGUAGACCAGAAAAUGCUGGGAAACUUAUCGUGGUUGUGUUCCCUAGCUUUGGUGAGAGAUAUCUGUCCUCUAUCCUUUUCCAAUCAAUACGAGAUGAAUGCGAGAAGAUGCAACCCGAGCCCUGAUGCAAACUUGUAACAUCUUCAACUCGUUUUAUUCAGCUUGUUGGCAACAUCAUAAGAAUACAUGCACAAUCUUUUAAUGCAUAAAUUAAUUUUGCCAUUAUCAAAAAUAUUCUCUGGCUGUUUUGAAUAAUAUUUUAGUUAAUGUAAACACGUGGUUUUGUUUUU